ACGAGGCACACCGGGCUAUUUCAUCGCUACGGCAGUGUAUCCGUGUUGCACGUUGCUAGUUAGUUGCAAUGUUGUAGCUAUUAGCACGGCAGUCAUUCUUUUGCUGGGACAUUUACAUUGAUUAAUCCUUAAUCCUUAACUAUUUAUAGUUUGGCUUUAAGCAGCUGUCAGCAGAAAAUUACCAACGAAUCAUUCGCUUUUUUGUAGUUUUGUGUUUCUGCUCGCCCAUUUUUCUAUCCAUCUCGCUAGCUUGCUAGUUAGCCAUAUCUUAACGUUUCCUUCCCUUGAGCGAGCUUUCUUGUGUCAGCUGGAAGACCAUGGCAAUGAGACAGACGCCUCUUACCUGCUCCGGGCACACCCGGCCUGUGGUUGACCUGGCCUUCAGUGGAAUUACUCCCUAUGGAUACUUUCUCAUCAGCGCCUGCAAAGAUGGCAAGCCCAUGUUGCGCCAGGGAGACACAGGGGACUGGAUCGGAACGUUUCUGGGUCACAAAGGUGCUGUCUGGGGAGCCACUCUGAACACAGACGCCACCAAGGCAGCCACUGCUGCUGCUGACUUUACAGCGAAAGUUUGGGAUGCUGUAAGCGGAGACGAGGUCCUCUCACUGGCACACAAACACAUUGUCAAGUCUGUCAGCUUUACUCAGGAUAGCAAUUGUCUGCUGACUGGAGGAAAUGAUAAGCUUCUGCGCAUCUACGAUCUUAGCAAACCUGAUGCUGCUCCUCAGGAGAUUGCAGGUCACAGCUCAGCCAUAAAGAAGUCUCUGUGGUGCAACGACGACAGUCAGAUCCUCUCUGCUGCCGAAGAUAAAACUGUCAGGCUCUGGGACAGUAGAUCCAUGGAAGAAGUGAAGACUCUCACAUUUGACACGUCUGUGAGCAGCAUGGAGUAUCUUGCUGACGGGGAGACACUUGUGAUAACGUAUGGAAAGACCAUAGCUUUCUACAACGCUCUGAGCUUGGACCUUAUUAAGACGGUGGAGGCACCAGCUCCCAUCAACUCAGCCUCCCUCCAUCCAGAAAAGGACUUCUUUGUUGCUGGCGGUGAUGACUUCAAGCUAUACAAGUUUGACUAUAGCACUAAGGAAGAGUUGGAGUCAUAUAAAGGCCACUUUGGUCCAGUGCACUGUGUGCGCUUCAGUCCUGAUGGGGAGCUGUACGCCAGUGGCUCUGAGGACGGCACGCUCAGACUGUGGCAGACGGCAGUGGGGAAAACCUAUGGCCUGUGGAAAUGUGUUCUUCCUGAGGACCUAGGAACAGAGAACUCUGAGCAGCUGUACAGCUCGACCCCUGAGAUCAAAGCCUGAGGACGGAGGCUCAGCUGAGGAAAGAGAGAAACAAAGAGGCGAUGAGCGUCACGGGGUUGCUGCAGUGUCUUUUACCAGGCCACAUCAAGGAACAGAAUCCAAAACAUCUCCAUCCACCAGGAACUGAUGUUGGUAUUCUGAGUGCUCUCUUUGUCAUUGACCAAUAAUGAUACACCCUUUUCUUCUUUUUUAAAGUCCUCCGAGGACAGGUUUGGCUGCAGAGGAAAACAGUAGAGCUGUGAGUCGAGGCUGACUGCUGCCUGCUUUCUCUCUGAUCAGCCACGUUCUGAAGACCUCAACUUCUUUUAAAUUCCUUGUUAUUGGCAAAACCCCCAAAUGUUAAGAUGCUUGGCUCAGUUUUGGUUUCAAUAUUAAGCUUUUAAGAAGCUGGACCAAGGCAUUUGUUUUCAGUUCAAAGUUACAGAAAUACCAGAAGUAGUUGCACAGUUUGUGCUGAAGGCGAGGUGAUUUCAUUUCUCCAAACAUGAUGACUUUGAGUAUUUGCUGGUGUUUUACUGGUUAAGUCAUAAAAAUGUCGGAAUAAAAGAAAAAUAUUGUUUUGUGGUUACCUGGAAAAAGAAGAAAUGUCACUGGAUUUUCCAUGUUGCUUUUUCAUUUGUGUCCAGUAUAAAAUAAAUGAACUUUGGUUUUAUUUGUAAGUAAUCCACACA